AUGUCCUCAACACCUUCCAAUCAACUUCCCAAUCGUCGUAGUCAACGUCAGGCAAUUCGAAAAUCAACCGGUGCAGCAAAAUGUGAUGUUGGAGACUCCAGUCUUUCAGCGGCACAGCCAACCCCCGUAAAGAAGAAGAGGAAGAAGGAUUUGGCUUUAGAUACAGACAACCUUGACGCUGAAGCCUCCCUUGAGGCUGUUGGUGUAUCAGUCGGCAAGAAAACGAGCCGUGAGCGACUGUUGGGGCUACUUGACAAGCAUAUCAACCCCAAGAAACCUCGGCUUUCGCGUCAAAAAUCAAGAUUUCCCUCAAAGAACGAACAUCGAAGUGGAAAGCAUCAAAAAACACUUCCAGUCGAGAAUGAAUUACAUGUUAAGAAGGACGUAAAUUACAACAUCUAUCAUGAAUCACAACUUGUUGAAAUGCUUCAAUCAAUCGGUGUCAACACACGAGGUUUGGACAAAGAGGCGCUUGUCAAAUCCUGCAAAUCUCAUAGUGAUCUACAAAACGUAGGCGCAACCUCGACUCAAAGCCCAAAUUUAUAUUCAGGAGAUAUAGAUUCCUCGAUGUUAGAGCCCGGAUGCUCAAGCUCUGUCCUUCCAAGUCUUGAGAACGAUUUUUUUGAUGAUAGUAAUACGCCCCAGCCAAGUCCAACAUCUCUAAUCAACUCAUCCGGGAAGCGUGGGAGCUGGAAAGGUAAAGGUAAAGGUAAAGCCCGCGCACCUGAUGAGGGUGCACAUUUUUCCGAUGAUCUUGAGAAUUAUCCCGAGGGAUUGGACCAGGAUGAGCAAACUCAACCUCCGAUGAGUGCUCGCGGAAAAUCCUCUUCUCCUGAGCCGACAAAUCAGAUGGGCCCUGAUCACCGCGAACUUUCAGAACUCGACCGUCUCAAAGCACAAGUGGCUGAACAAAAUCUUACGAUCUCAAGGCUUGAGAACACCGUGAAUGAAACAAACACUAGAGUUGAAGGUCUGGAAACAGGAUUAAAGGCUGUAUGCGAUAUUGUAGACAAACUUGCGGGGAAGUGUCGUGAUCGAGCGGCAGAAGAAACUUCUUGUGGUGGCCGAAUAGCAUCUCGCAUGUGUUUCCAUGUCCAAACACUAUUAGGGCAACGGGAUAAUGAAAAGAAGCUUCCGCGGGCUGCCAGUGAAGAAGAGAAAGAAGGUUGGAUGUCUGACCAACCGCUGGACUCGUUCAACUUCAAUGUAGAUUUAAAUUGCUUACCCUCUGACGCACAAGGAGGUUUUCCAUACGAAGACGGACCUGGGAAUCCUAAGGCUACCUCUCAGCAGCUAUCUGUAAUGUGGCAAAUGAUGAAAAAGGUUUCGGUGAAAAGCUUUCGACCCGACUUCUCUACCUCCGCCUCAGGCAAGGACAACAAGUGGUUAUGGUCACUUGCCUUGAAGAUAUUUAUUAAACUUGUUGAGUGCGGGGAGUAUACUGGAAUACCGCUGGGUGAGGAAGGAAUAAAGGUUAUCAAAAAGACUCUAAACUCUCAUGUACAAUCACUGAUGAAAAGGUUUCGCGAAGAGAACUGGGACGUCUCACGCAAAAAAAGAGCUGCAGACGAAGUCAGACAAAGCACAAGACUGCGACAUUGCCUAUGGCCGCUUUCAGCCAUAGUUCAGGUGGCUUGUAGCGACGACGAGACAGACGAAGAAGAUGCGGCCGUCGGACCCAGUAAACCAUUAAAAGUUCGAGAGCUACGCUGGCGCAGCUCCGCCUUGGAAUUGCUGUGUAUUCUUAUUGAUAACUACAAGACUAGUAUUGACGAGAGUAUUCCUGGGUUUUCACCAGGUCAGAAAGGCCGUAGCCCACGAACCCGCAUACGGACUGAUCAUAGGCCUGUCAGUAGAAUUGAAGCGCCAGUAGCAUUGCCAGUAGACUGCUACUCGGAGGAAUGGCUAUCUGACUUGACUCCCUUGGCUCGUACACAACUGGAAAUACACUCCACACCUGUGCUACAACCUUUCAUCUCAACUAUCAAAUCUUACCUCGCUGGGUCGGGAAGCAGGCCCUCCUCUUAG